ACGAACAAAUGCAUUUCAGUUUACUUUCUGAAACUCAAAUGGGAGAAGUUCCCCUCGUGAAAUCUGCCAGCUGGCCCUUUAAGAAGAGUGAACAGUGGAGUCAAACUACAAGGCUCUACUUUUAUCUACCUGCUCCAACUACUAGGUUACUGGUUUCUACUAGUCCCUGAUUGGUCGCCCGAACAAAUCUUCUUGAGUUGGUUGGGUCAAGCUUGAAGCUGACAGGAUGCUGAGAUCAGAGGGCGAAUUCCAACCUUGCUGCCUUGAUUGAGGACAUCAUUUGAUCAGAAUACUGUCACUUUAGUGCAUGUCGGCCUUGCUGGUAAAGGAGGAAUUGCUUUAUGAGCUCGUAUGCGCUUGUUAGCGUGAACAUUUCUGUAUUUUGAAUGAAUAUUGCCUGGCUAAAAGCAAACCUGCGCUGUGGACACAAAAGCUCUUACAUUGCGAGUUGAUGCAGUGCUUGCUGAGGAUCAGCGAGGCUGUGGGAGAUCCUUUCAAGUAAUUCGGCGAAUCCGAUGUCCAAAGAGAACCACUUCUCUCCCCGUCUGUCCGGUGCGUAAAAGCGGGCACGGUGUCUCUCCAAACUCCACUCUGAGAGCAGUUAUCGGAUUGAAAACGAAAAUAUGCGAUUUUGCUGAAUUUGACAAGGGGAUUAUCUACGGUACGGCUGCUACCUGCUUACUUGCCUGCCUAUUUGGGUCACUUGCUUAGCUCCAACGCGUUUUUAUUAGGCUACAGAUUCCUGGCCUGUUGAAUUCAUCGUUAUCCUUCCUUCAUGUCGCAUUGGAAUAACUUAAUCUAUCAUGGAUUUGAUUUUCUUUACAAAGUCACAGUUUAGGCUCGGUUUAGACAUCCUAUAGACACUUUAGAGUGCAAUCGAACCCACGUAGAAGCGCAACACCAAGAGGGGAACAUGGACAGAAAUGCCCCAGACGGACCGUUGCUGGAUGACUUGAGCAAACUCACGGACGAGGAGCUCUCUAGGCUCGGAAAAGAUGAGCUCAUCAGGAAGCUACGGAGAACGGAUAACGAGAAAAUGAAUUUAAUGGUGGAGCACGGGAACAUGAUGAAAGACGUGAACCGGAGACUACAGGUCCACCUUCACGAGAUCCGCAGCCUCAAGGAGAUCAACCAGAAGCUGCAGGACGACAACCACGAGCUCCGGGAGCUCUGCUGUUUCCUGGACGACGACAGGCAGAAGGGCAAGACGCUGUCUCGGGAGUGGCAACACUUCGGCCGCUACACCGCCGGAUUGAUGUGGAAGGAUGUCGGGGUGUACCAUCAGAAGCUGAAGGAUCUGGAAGCCAACCAGGGCUCUGUGAUGCGGGAGAACCUUGAACUGAAGGAGAUCAUUCUGAUGUUGGAGGAGGAGAGGAACGGAGCCGGGUCACGGAGUUCUAUAGACUCCCAGUCCAGCCUGACCAACCUGAACGGGGGCACCAGAACCAUUAGGGACGUCGGGGACGGGAGUAGUACCUCCAGCACCGGCAGUGCCGGUAGUCCUGACCACAACCACAUACACACGCCGGCCGAGGGGAAGAUAGCGUCCCUGCAGAGGUCUAUGGACGACCUGUCGCCGGUGUCAUACAUCCACAGGAGCAUCCCUAAUGAACUGCAUGGUAACUACAUCAGGCAAAUGGAGACCAAGGUCCUGGAGGAUGACAACAAGCAGCUUCUAUCACAGUCUAAAAGUGGUGAUCUGAAGAGUCUGAGGAAGGGCUUCUACCACUCUGAGUCUCAGCUCUCACAGUACCAGCAAGACCCACUGCAGAAUGGCUCUGGUUGGUCCCCCAGUGGUGAGCCGUCCCCCCCAGCAGACUACCUCCCAGUGGGCCAGAAGCCAGAGGCUGUGGUCCAUGCCAUGAAGGUACUGGAGGUCCAUGAGAACCUGGAGAAGAAAAUCCCCGAAGACUACGACGAAGACCUCAGUGAGAAGGAGAAGGCCAUCGUCAGGGAGAUGUGUAAUGUGGUGUGGCGUAAACUAGGUGACGCUGCAGGAUCCAAGCCUUCCAUCCGCCAGCAUCUCUCUGGGAACCAGUUCAAAGGGCCCUUGUAGUCCUUAAGACCACAUUAACCAGCGCACAGCAGCACUCAGACGAGACAAACGGACAGACAGACAAAUGAACAACAACAACCAUGGACCCGCAGCACUGAGUGCACAAACAAGGGGCACAUCUCAAAUGACACCCUCCUAUUUUCUCAGCACUGUGUGACCGUGGCUAGAUGAUCCCCACAAAUUCUAGCCUGAACCCAAACCUCUGUGCUUAGCCUCGCCUAACAUUGUCCCCUGGUGAAUAUAGGAAUGUAGGCUACAGCUGACCUGGGUAGUGGGUACAGUAAAUCUCAGUUUAGAUCUUACAAAAUAGGCUGCGCCGAUGAAGGGUUAAAAACAGCGGUUGGCAAUCCUAUAGCCUCUGACCACGUUGGCUCUCAUGUUCUGUUUAUUUAAAGACAAUUCUACAUGUUGAAUGACACACCGUUCGUCAAUACCCAGCAGGUAAUCUAGUGCCCACGGCCAACGUUGGUUAUGGUGUCUUGUCAUUAAAGAGAAGGAAGAGGAGGAUAAACUGCCCCUUACAACCAGUCACUACACCUGAGCUACAGUACUUUACCUGACCUUCUGCCAUCUCCAACCAACGUCUGUUUUGGUGUUUGUAAAUGUUCACCUACCAAGUGUUCAAGACUGACAACCACUCCAGGACAAACCAUUCUACUAUUCUCAAGUCAAGGCCCUGAUAUGUUCUGUUCUUGACUUUACUUCCAUUACUUUUCCAUUCAACAGCCAACUGACUGGCAACUCCUUACAACAUAGAUGAGGACAAAUACUCGAAAUAGCAUGAUGUCAUUUCCUUCAGUGUAGAAUCACAAGCCAUAGGUUUAUACAACGUGAAACCUAGCUGCUGUAGGAUGCUGUUUAAUAAUGUAGUCCUCUUUUAUCUGAGAGAAGUAUGUGUACAAAUGUAGAUGGAAAUCCUUUCAAAGUGUUAAACUAAAUUCUAGCACUAGAGUAGGUUAUGUUUAACAAAACGUAGUGCUAUUGUUUUACCUGUUGUUUUUAGUGUUCAUGUUUGUUUGUGCCUCACAUUCUUAUUCUUUAUACCAACACUAUAUAGGGAAAAGGGUGACAUUUGGGAUGCACACUUUAUAACUAAGUUAUGGCACAUCGAGUGCAGUUUCAUAAAUGUACUCCCAAGGCAGAAAGCUUCUAGCCUGGGGGCCAGUCUGCUUAGCCACUCCUGAAAACUCCUGAUAGAACUGUCAUGACAAACAUGACUACAGCGACAGCAAUGGAGUUGGUAAAAGCACAAACAGUUCUGGGACCAGACUAGAAGGCUGUCACACUAUUAAUUGAAACAUGAACUCAAGGGAAGGUUACGGUUCAUGCCUAAUAUAGUGUCGCUUCUGAUGAUUUAUCAUGGAUCAGAAAGUCAGACUCUUGCUAGAUGGAAGUGGGACUUUUCACUUACAAAUCUGCAGAUCUUAUAUAUGACAAUCGUUGAAACGGUUUGAAAACAACUUAUUUUGACCAGUCCUAAGUAUUCUCUAUGAGCUCUUGCCCAUUCAACCUCUGAAUGGCACCCAUACACAAUCCAUGUCUCAAUUGUCUCAAGGCUUAUCCUUCUUUAACCUGUCUCCUCCCCUUCAUCUCCCUCGAUGGAAGUGGAUUUAACAAGUGACAUCAAUAAGGGAUCAUAGCUUUCACCUGGAUUCACCUGGUUAGUCUAUGUCAUGGAAAGAGCAGGUGUUCUUAAUGUUUUGUACACUCAAUGCACUUAUACUGAGUUCUCGGAGCUGGAUCCUAUGUAUACUUUAUAAGGUGUCUUAGCUGGCUCCUGUACAUUAUGACAUGUGUUAGGCCUGUGUAUGCUGUAUGAAGUCUCAUAGAUUAUCAAUGUAAAAUCAGUCAGUCUAGCAAUCCUUGGCAAGUCUCAUACAAUUCAUAUGAAUGCUCAAUGAAGUCUCAUAGAUGAUCACUGCACGUGAUUAAGUCUCCUAGGGUCCCUAUGUAUGCUGUAUGAAGUCUCAUAGAUGAUCACUGUGCGUAAUUAAGUCUCCUAAGGUCCCUAUGUAUGCUGUAUGAAGUCUCAUAGAUGAUCACUGUGCGUAAUUAAGUCUCCUAGGGUCCCUAUGUAUGCUGUAUGAAGUCUCACAGGUGUCAUCUCUAUGUGAGGUCUUCCAGCGGGACUUCAGUGUACAAUACACUAUGUAGCUAAAUGAAGCUUCAUAGCUGUGUUCUAUACUCUACGGUGGCUCCUAGCCGAUUUCUGUGUAUUUGAGUCAUCUCAGUAUUGUACGGGGUCUUUUAGGUGACAUUAGCUAUAUAACACCGUCAUAAGACUGACACAAGACGCCAUUAAGAGUUAACAGACAGAUGUCAUUAGGAGUAAUAACAUCUAUGUAUAUCCUAGUCUCUUCUUUAUAGGGAGUUGUACAAUGCAUAUACAAUGAAUGAAGUGUCAUAGCUGUGCUGAGUUCUAUGUACAUGCAUAUGUUAGGCCAGUGAAUACUGUAUAUGAGCACUCAGAGUCUAUAUGCUGUAGGAGUAAUAUUGGCUAGGUUGAGUUCUGAAUAGGCAGUUACAAACUGUGUUAAAAGAAACUUGCUGUAUUCUCUCGGAUUUGUGUUCUAAAAUCUGAACAUUGGUAAAUUAUUCUGAAUUGAGUUUGACACAUUGUCAAUCUAUAUCGGGGUAUAAUAAAUGUAUACCCCAAUUGUUAUUAUACAGAAGGGUGUGUAUAAAUGUAUGUUUACACAAAAAAUAUUCUCAUUUUAUUGAUAGCAGAAGAGCGGCUGUGUUCAUCCCAAAUGACACCCUAUAUAGUGCAUUACUUUUGACCAGAUCCCCUUUUUGCCCUGGUCAAAUGUAGUGCACUAAAUAGGGAAUAGACUACCUUUUGGGAUUAUUACGCUGUGUUUCAGUGUGGAGGAGUCUGGAUGCAGCUGGCUGUGUGUCUGAUCUGACUCGUAACAUAGAAGAACUGUAUGAACAAAAUGAGCAGCAAAUCAACAGGGAAGAUAAAUGUGUUUGAAUUGAGGACUGCUAUAAAAGCAUUACUGUUCUGUACGGUGUUGUUGUUGUUGUAAUAGUUAGGCAUUAAUGACUAAGGAGAUUCAUAAUGGAAAAAAACGUACAAAUGCGUGUCUACACACACACUCAGUCUUCACAAAUUAAAACUUUAGCAAACUUUUUUUCUACACGCAACUUACUAUAUGUUCAUUUGAAAGCACAAAGUUCGGAUUUAAAGUUUGACAGUUUUCCUUUUGUUACAUUCAAAUGCACUGCUUCUUUUCUGAAUGAGGCAUCUCUACGUGGAACCUGUGAUGAAAUUCUAUGUUCUCUUUUUUUGCCUCUUUCACUGUGGUACACAGUUUAAGUUGUAUCCUAGGAUAUACACAGUUUAAGUUGUAUCCUAGGAUAUACACAGUUUAAGUUGUAUCCUAGGAUAUACACAGUUUAAGUUGUAUCUUAGGAUAUACACAGUUUAAGUUGUAUCCUAGGAUAUACACAGUUUAAGUUGUAUCCUAGGAUAUACACAGUUUAAGUUGUAUCCUAGGAUAUACACAGUUUAAGUUGUAUCCUAGGAUAUACACAGUUUAAGUUGUAUCCUAGGAUAUACACAGUUUAAGUUGUAUCCUAGGAUAUACACAGUUUAAGUUGUAUCCUAGGAUAUACACAGUUUAAGUUGUAUCUUAGGAUAUACACAGUUUAAGUUGUAUCCUAGGAUAUACACAGUUUAAGUUGUAUCCUAGGAUAUACACAGUUUAAGUUGUAUCCUAGGAUAUACACAGUUUAAGUUGUAUCCUAGGAUAUACACAGUUUAAGUUGUAUCCUAGGAUAUACACAGUUUAAGUUGUAUCCUAGGAUAUACACAGUUUAAGUUGUAUCCUAGGAUAUACACAGUUUAAGUUGUAUCCUAGGAUAUACACAGUUUAAGUUGUAUCCUAGGAUAUACACAGUUUAAGUUGUAUCCUAGGAUAUACACAGUUUAAGUUGUAUCCUAGGAUAUACACAGUUUAAGUUGUAUCCUAGGAUAUACACAGUUUAAGUUGUAUCCUAGGAUAUACACAGUUUAAGUUGUAUCCUAGGAUAUACACAGUUUAAGUUGUAUCUUAGGAUAUACACAGUGCUGUGUACAUAAAUACCUGCAACUAGCCCGCCUAUGUUUCCCCACAACCUGUAUGUAGCUGAAAAUGUAUAUUUUAGCAAAUUGUCAAAUGUGAAAAUUGAAAUAAGCUGCUUUUAUAUGAUUUUGAAAUAAAAAAAUGGAGUUUAUGUUUUAAACCCU